GGGAGAUUGCGGAAAUAUCUGUAAAAAAAAGUCUAACAAAUGCACACAAACUACUACUCACUGCACUUUUAAGGAUCCGAGGAUCACUUACAGGGGGCCGAUGACACCUCGAAUAAGUGUUAUACAACCACGAACGACAUCUAACCCUAUCAAAGUCGUAGGUUUCAACAAAGGAAAUACUAAAACAAAGGAAAGUUUGAGAAGCUUAAAAAGUACAUGGUUCAAUGAUCGUAGGGAAUCUAGGGAACUAAAGUUACAAGAGGAAAGAGAACUAGAGCGAUUAGCUUACAAAAAACAAUUAGAGGAACUAAAGAAGGCACAGAAAAGGUACGAGAGAGAAAUAGCUGAAGAACAGAAAAGAAAGGAAGAAGAACAGAAGAGAAAGGAAGAAGAACAGAAAAUAAAAGAGUGGGAACAGAGAAGACUUACUUUAGAAACGUUAGAACGUGCAAAAUCUGAACGACUUGAGAGAUUAAGGCAGGAAAGGGAAAAAGAAGUAUUAGAACAUUUGAAAGCACAAGAAAAAUAUUUAUUGAAAUCUUACACAGACCAAUUGCGAGUCGAGGCAGACAACACUUACUAUAACAAUAAUGAUGACAUUGAACAAAACCUAGUCAAAGGCAAGAAGGUCAAAGUAAAGAAGGUUAAAGAAAAAAGAGAGAAAAAAGCAAAGAAAACGGGCCGAGAAAAAACCGUCUAUGUUAAUAACUAUCAACGCGAAUCUUGGAAAGACCGCUUCGCCCACUGGUUCUACCGGGUUUGCUGUCAGUUCUACUGUUAUUUGACGUGCGUUCUUACCGUGAUAUUUGUUAUUAUUUACGUAAUUUAGUUCUUGUGAACUACCUUUAAAUGUGCUAUUAAAUACGGUUUAGUCGACGUAUGUCAGAAACAAAAUAAUGACAGAAAAUAAUUAUUAGUUGUAAACAGGAAUUCAAAUUAGAUGUGUAUUUACUCAUAGUAUAUUUACAUUUUUUUAGUCUGACAUUUUGAUAUACGGUCAUUUUACAAAUAUAUGGCCUAUCAGCGAAAUAUAAAAUGUCUGUCAAUCACUAGUCUGCGUUUCUGACAUGCACUGACUAAACCAGAUAUGUAUUUGUUUUAUUUUUACUUUUAACCCUGUACUUACUGACCUUUAGAAAUGCUGAAACUGUAAAAUAAAAUUCAUGUAUUUAAAUAAAUAUCCCGGCUUGGCUCGGGUAAAACCAUUA